AUGACAGAAGCCGACGCAUCCUCUGCGCCAACAACAUCCGGCACCAACAUCGAGAUCACCCUCACACACCACGGGAAAGCAAUCGCAUUAUCUUUCGCACAAGAUGCCACCAUUACUGAUCUCUCAGAGCGUGUUGCGACAGAUCUCUCAAUACCGCCCUCCAACCAAAAGUUCCUUGUAGGCGGGAAGAUCGGCCUCCAAAAACCACCCUUCAAGAACCCUUCUCUACCACUCACAGAGCUCGUCUCAAAGAAGAUAACCCUCAUGGGAAGCACAAGCGAAGCCGUAUCGUCCCUCAACAACACUAUAUCCGCCGCGUCUGCGCCCCGGCGUCCCGGCCCCAUCAAAGCCGCCACUCCAGCGCGAAACCGCGACUACAAGAAGAUCCAAGAAGAAGCUCAAUACACCUUCCACACUCUGCGGCCGUUACCUUACCUCCCCAACCCCGACCGCUCCCUCCGCUUCCUCGAACGCCUCCGCGAUGACGCUGGCAUAAAAGCCGCCAUGCGCACCCACAAAUUCAGCGUUCCCUUGCUCACAGAGAUGGAUCCCGCCAUGCAUACCACACAAGAAUCCCGCACUUUGGGAUUGAACAGAAACCAAGGCGAAGUCAUCGAGUUGAGACUGCGGACUGAUGCAUACGACGGAUACCGAGAUUACAAGACGAUUCGCAAUACGCUGUGUCAUGAACUUGCGCAUAAUGUCUGGGGGCCGCACGAUCGCAAUUUCUGGAAUCUGUGUAAGCAGAUUGAGAGGGAGGUUGCGAGGGAUGAUUGGAAGAGUGGGGGGAGGAGUGUUGGCGAUGAAGAGUUCUAUGAUCCUGGAGAGGGAGGGGAGGAGGAAGUGCAUGAUCAUGGGGGUUGGACGGGGGUGAGUUCACGUUGGGGAGUGGAGGCAAGGGAGAGGAGACGGUUGUUAGUAGCGCUGGCAGUGGAAAUGUGA